GUCAUAAUGUGGAUAUCGCAAUUAUUAUUAAUACUCUUGUGUGCGCUGAUCGACGCGCAACCCACAGGACUCUCCGAUCCUGCAUCGUUGAACCCCGUUGAAGUCGCCUCGAAUACUGGUAAUAACAGGGACCAACGAUCGCCACAGUUCGGACUCCUCGACGCAGACUAUUCAGAUUACGACGUCGAGGAAGAGCGGACGUUCGACCACCAUCGCAAGCAUAAACACCACAAACACAAACCGGAUGGCUACAAUUUCUACCCCAGUGGUCAAUACGGAGGAUAUAGACCAGAGUACCAUCCACAACCGAGUGUCGGAGGAUCCUUCGCUACGGCUUCCGCAGGAUCUGUAGAUUCGUAUGGGAAACCUGUUGGCCAAAGUCAGGCCAAUGCACAGAGUGCUAGCUUCAGCUUUGGACCGUACUCCGCAUCGUUCAGUGUGGCGGAGGCGUCGUCUGGCAGCCAAAAUUACUGACAACUUUUAGGUCAUAAAUCAACCCCUGACUCCGAUGUAAUUCCAUCGGGCAUGCUCAACCUCGGCCAUCCACGGGCCAUCCAUUGUUUACAAACAUUCUACGUCACUAGGUAUAAGUAAAUAGCCCGAACGGGCGUGGAGCAGACCAAAACCACCCUCCUUCCUCGAGAUUUCCUGGGAGAGCCAGUUCUCCUUUGUCCGCGCUACCACGCCAACCACCAGAUGUUCCCGCGAAUAAAACCGAACAAAAUAUCGCGAAACGGGAGGAACGAGGACCGCGCAAGGAUGGAGGAGGAUCGAAACAGAGGGUUCGGGGAUUAACAGCACAAAGGGAGGCCAAAAGGAGGAGGUCCUGCAACAAAACGAGCAGCGAAAAAUCGGGACGCGAAGAGCAGCGUUCAAUGACCGGGACCGCGAGAGUACACGCGAUAUUUUCGUUCAUAUUCAUCCUGUAUGCUAAUUUAAUCAACAUGUAACUUAUAGAUCAUUUGUA